AUGAAUAUAUGUGAGCAAGGAACGAGUCAGUUUAAUCAGGUCAAGCGGCGACUUACGGCUAUGGUCUGCCUGCUUUAUUACGUCCGAAUAUUUAAACAACUCGACUGCCCUACCAAGCUGUUCUCCUCGUACCCAAUACCGCAAUACUUUUUACUCAAGAAAACAUUGCUCGACACUUUUUACUAUUUCAUCUCCAGCAUGAAGAUCGUUAUCCUCUUUCUCGCCGCGGCGCUCGGGUCUGCAAACCCUGUACGAACGCAAAACUCGAUACAAGCUCUCGAUGGGCAGAAGUCCUGUGAUUGCUCUAAGCCUUUCCGAGUCUCUGUGCGGGAGAUUUAUAGCUGCCCGGCCGGCUACGAAGACGUCUCGGAUACCUUUAUCCCUAAAUGCAUUCAAAUUGGUUGCGCUGCUGAGGAUUACGAGGCUCAAUGCGACGCCAAGCCUUAA